GACCCGGAAGUUGCGCACGCUGUGGCUCAGCGGCCGCUUGAUGAAAAGCCGGGGUGACGUCUGGCCGGUGACAGUCGGGCUCACCGAUGAUGGUGAUAGUUAACAGCUGUUGGAGCGAGUCUGGAGGGUUGUUGGCUGGGAGGGUUGUUGGCUGCGAGGCUUGAUCAAAAGUGGCGGAGAAAGGGCGAGAUAAAAUCGCAAAAAUCCAUGGUAACAUCCGCGCUAGCAUCCAUGGUAACGGCCGUUAGCUUUACGCGGUGUCCUUCCGAUUACCUUAAGUUUUGGAGUAAGAGCGCAGUAGAAUAAUAGAAUCGCCCGGCGAGGAGAGGUGAUUUUCGAGGCAGACAUGCUGAGGACGCCAGGGCCAGGACGGUAGCGGGGAAAAGCAGAGGCAGGCAGGAGAGGAUGAACUCCCGGAGAGCUGGACCUCCUCACAGGGGGUUUGGCUGGGUCGUGGUCAUGUCGGCCUUUUUCAUCAUGGGCCUCACAACUGGCAUCUUCAAGAAUUUUGGCCACUUCUUCCUGGACAUCCAGUGUCACUUUGGAGUCCCGACCAGCACCACUUCCUGGGUCUCCUCCACUACGAUUGCCAUGUUUCACCUCGGAGCUCCUGUGGUCAGUAUGCUGGUUGUGCAGUUUUCUCAGAGAGCUGUCAUCAUAGUCGGUGGCCUGCUGACUGCCUCGGGGAUGAUUCUGUCAUCUCUGGACCUCAGUCUGCCCUGGCUCUACCUCACUAUGGGCAUUCUGCAAGGAUUGGGCAUUUCCCUCGCGUGGAUCCCUGCCAACAGCAUGGUGAGCCACUACUUUGUCCGGUGGCGUCCCAUCGCCUACGCCAUCGCCAGCUCUGGUGAGUGCAUCUUCGCCGUCAUGUUCAGCCCCUUCUUCCAGUGGCUGAUUGAGAUGUACAGCUGGCAGGGUGCCUUGCUCAUCAUCGGAGGCCUCCAGCUCAACCUGUGUGUCUGCGGCGCUCUCAUGAGACCCCUGAAGACAGUCCAGAGCCCGCCACAGGAAACCAAAGACACUUUAGAAGGCGACGCCGCUGUGCUCCCACCAAAGAGGAAGGUUAUCUUCCAGUGCUCACUGAUGAGAAAGCCUGAACUUGUCCUCUACAUCCUGUUCGCCAUCUUUUCGGCGCCAGGGUUUUUCAUCCCACCCCUCUUUCUCGUGCCCUUCGCCACCAGCCUGGGGAUGGAUAACUACUGGCCGGCGUUCAUCCUCUCGGUGCUGGCGUUAUCGGACCUGGCGGGGAGGCUGAUCUGUGGGUGGAUAGCCAACAUGAGGCUGAUUAGGAACCUGCAGCUCCUCGCCAUGGUGGUCACUCUGCUCGGGGUGGUGCUCCUGCUGCUGCCGGUCUGCCAUAACUACUGGGUCAUCGUGGUCUUCACGUCACUCUACGGUUUCCUGUUUGGCUGCGUGGUGUCCAUUCACGUCACCACCAUCGUGGACAUUGUAACUCUGGAGGGAUUCGACAACGCGCUAGGGCUGUUCAUGCUUUUCAGGAGCAUCGGUGGCUUCAUCGGCCCGCCUGCUGCAGGCUGGCUGGUGGACGAGACCAGCGACUACAGCGCCGCCUUCUACCUCUCAGGCCUCUGCCCCAUCCUGUCAGGAGUGUUUGUCGUCCUUGUUGACCACCUCAUUCAGAGGAGAAAAGCCACGGAGGCCGAAGAUUGUCAGGCCAUCAGGCAGAAGGACUGGGAGGCAGGAAAUGUCAAGUGAGACUCUUUCGCCUCGAUGACUUCAAGGUACCGAAAAGACUCUCUGUCAGCUGCUGGGCAGGUCAACCCAGGUUUCAAGUUAGGCUUGCGCACAAACCGGUUGAUAAAUCACCUUGGUGCUUAUUAGAGGCUGUGAAUGUCUUCCAGCCGCUUCCAUCUGUCAGUGUUCGCCCUGGGCUGAAAGGGGGGCUGACAGGGUUUUUUUUGUUUGUUGUUUGCUACCUCAAGCAAGUGUUUUACGAAUUUUUAGAAAAUGUUUUAUGUUUUUUGUUUGUUUUUUUUAUUGAACAACAAUGGAAAACAGAAACACCCCAGUUUUCAUUUUUUAACAUUGUGGACCAAAAACUUUAAAUUCACAAUAUUUUCCAUUUUUAUAUCUAGGGAAAUGUUUCAGAUGGCUCCUGCUUGCGUCAUUGGCUUAAACUGCAGAUAAGCUGAGCUGAUGCCAGUUACAGUGUUAAAAGAAGAAGGCUGGUGAUGUUAUCUAACUGUUUGUGGUCUGUUUUACUGGGUUGCUACUGCAGUGUCACAACAGAUGAAGUUUUCAAGGAAUCUGUCUGUGAUAAGUCAAAAAAAAAAGUCUUAAAGGCUGGAUUAUUUAUUUUGUCUCUUUAGUGAUUCCUCUUUCUGUGCAAAUGAGGCUAAGAUGAAGUCUGAAAGAAAAAAGGAAUGGUCAUUUUCAACCACCUGAAAUAUGAAUUUACUUGAUGAUUGUAGAACUUAAAACUCACUUUUGUUGCCCCUGAAGUUCUGUAAUAGCAAUUCUUAUACGCACAAGUCAUCCCUGCACCCUCUUAAAGCUUGAAGAAAUAUGUUCGCCCAGGAAUUAGUCUUAACAAAUACUAGUAGAUGAUUUGGUUUCAGUUUACAUCUGUAUUUUUGAUGUUAGAGGGUUUGUAUCAUGUUUUAAGAAAUAAAAACACUGCACAGAUGGUUUUAAA